UCUGGACCUCGCAGAGACCUUGUCACAGAAACGUACGUCUGAAGCAUUGUCAUGUUUCGCCUUCUCAUCCUUGUGGCCCUCUUGGGCUUCGGGCUCUUACAUGUGGAAGCUGAUAGCAGCAGCAGCAGCAGCAGUGAAAGCGGAAGUAGGAGUAGAGAACAAAUCCAAUGGGGAACAACAUCGGUCACCAAUCCCGGAGGAAAAGGCAGCAAUAGGGUUGAAUGUGAUGGAGGACCUUUACAAAGAACAGAGCUCUUGACUGGCCUCCAACCGCCCUGCACUGUGACGGCUAAUUUCAAUAGCGACGCCGAUAAUGCAAUCCUGAAUUUCUGCGCUAAUCAACUCGAUACCACUGACCCAGCUAGCGUUGAUACAGCUGACUGUUAUGACUUGGAGAUAAGCUCAACAGAUGCUCCAUCCAUAGUGUUCAAGAACGGGCAAAUUAUCAAGCAGACUGCAGCACAACCAUUCUUUGAGAAAGGGGUCUUGACUAUACUCGAAAUCACUAUCAACUAUUCCAAAUGCACGGUGUUAAACAGGAACAACGGUCUCGAGAUACCAAUCGAAUCACCAAACGAAAUUUCCUUUAGGUACUUGUAUGUGUCAACCACCACAGGACAGCAUUCAACAAUAGAUGCUCAGGAAGUUCCUGAUAGUUCGGGUAGUGACAGCAGUAACAGCGAUAGUGACGGCAGUAACAGUGGCAGUGACAGCGGUAAGAGCGUAAGUGACAGCGGUAACAGCGGCAGUGACAGCGGUAACAGCGGCAGUGACAGCGGUAACAGUGGCAGUGACAGCGGUAAGAGCGUAAGUGACAGCGGUAACAGCGGCAGUGACAGCGGUAACAGCUUAAGUGACAGCGGUAACAGCGGCAGUGACAGCGGUAACAGCGGCAGUGACAGCGGUAACAGCGGCAGUGACAGUGGUAACAGCGGCAGUGACAGCGGUAAGAGCGUAAGUGACAGCGGUAACAGCGGCAGUGACAGCGGUAAGAGCGUAAGUGACAGCGGUAACAGCGGCAGUGACAGUGGUAACAGCGGCAGUGACAGCGGUAAGAGCGUAAGUGACAGCGGUAACAGCGGUAAGUAG